CUUCAAGCGUGGAAGGUGGACCGGAGGACCAGGAAGCUACGGUGGCUAGCCCCUUUGCUAAGAGCUUGCUGCGAUGGGCAAUCGCAACUGUAUGCUGGCUGUGUGUAUCUGCGCGCCCUCUCAAUGUGAGCUGCGCACCACCCGCUGAUUCGACCCAUGCUUUCUUGUACCGCACGCAGCUCGUUCGCCGUCUGGCUGUUCGGCCCGCCCCUGAUGAACCGUAUCCUCACCUCCUCCGGUGGUGUCUGCGUACCCCGCAGUGACCAGACUUUGGGCGGCUUCUCCAACCCUAACGAUGGGCCAGCAUCAGCGCCUGCGCCCUUCCGAAUGCCAGACAAGAGGAUUGACGAUGCCUUUUGUCAUGCUGGGCCGAGGGGAAUCUCAAAAGAGGACAGGCCCGAGCUCUUCAGGGCUACUCAUGCUGUGGUGGCUGAUAUGACCAGGGAGGGGAGUUUGAGAGGGGCCUGGAAAGGUGGACACGAUGUCUCCGGGCACACCUUCAUCCUCAUCCUCUCUUCUUUGCUGCUCCUCGAGGAGCUGACCCCUUACCUUGCCCAGUACUGCUCAGCUGUGCUGCCACCAUCCCUCUCAGCCAGCAUCGUUUCCUGGAUCCCACGCUCCCUGCGCGCGACCAAGGAUCCAUACCGUGGGGAGCGGGCAGGAGCUAGCAUUGCGGCUACCAGCUUUGUCCUCGCACUCGUGGGACUCUGGUUGUUCAGCCUGGUCAACACUUCUCUGUUCUUCCACACACCAGCCGAGAAGUUCUCCGGGGCACUCAUUGCCGUCGUAUCGUGGGUAUUGCUGCCCAAGGGUGGAUAGCAACAUUGCAAUCGCAGACAUAGCAAUGAAAGACGCGAGCACGAGCUGCGCAUGGUAGUACGCGCGCCGUCCUCGCUCGCCAUCUAUUUUCCUGCGCAAGCAACACGCAGAAGAAGUAGCCGCGGAUGACCGAGCCCCG